GCCUAACAGUUCGCUUCCCUGAUGCCACAGUCACGGGGACGAGGGACCAGUUCAGGAAUGACAGAGCGGACCCUGGAGGCGGCCCAAAACGCCUCCUUUCGCCGCCGCCGCCUCCUCCUCCCCCUCCAUGACAGUCUCUGGGUGUGUUUACAGACGCCCUGGAGAGCGGCCCGGACCGGAGAGUGGGCGGGAACACUGCACGCGGAAUGGCCUCUUCGGGUGCCGUAGUCGACGGCAUUCUGGGGAUUGUAGUUUUCUCUAACGCACUCUCUGCGGGGCUGACUACGAAGAAAACUACAAUGUCCACACACCCUCAGCCAGGCGUCUGUUUUCCUCGGGCCUGCGAGCGGUGCGGGGGAGGGGCCAGCCGGGAGGCCAGACUACGUCUCCAACGGGGCGCUGGGUUGGACCAGCCGCGCUCUGGGCACCGGUGGGACGAGCUUGGGGCCCCGUGGAAGCCCUCGGGAGGGAGGAACCCUGGGAGCAGGCCCUCCUCCGGGACGCCGAGGAGACCCUGAAGCUUCUUCAUAAAAAGAGGAAAGGAAACUAAUAGCGUGCAGGGCUGCAGCUGCUUUAGGGAACAAUUUGGCAGUGCCUCACCGUAUUAGACGUAAAGUUACGACAUAGCCGGCAAUUCCAAAGAAAUGAAAACUUGCACACCAGUGUUCUCUCUUAGAGGCCUUAUCCAUAAUAGUCCAAAAGUGGAGACAACCCCAAUGUCCAUCAGCGGAUGAAUGGAUCCGACGAAUGUGGUACCUCUCAGAAAGAAUCACAAUUGACUGAUACGGCCAGCUUUUGUGCUCUGAAGUCCAUCACUGCUUUUUGCUGAGUCAUGCUUCCAGCAGGCUGCUUUAUUGAUUGGAAGGGGCAUGAGAACAGCAUAGCUGUGACAUCCUUGGCUUAAGUACCUUCAUUCCCUCAGCAGCAUAGUCACCAACCUGGGCAAGGAAAUCACGAUCUUGGAUAUAAAAGGGACAAGAUAUGAGUUAUCCAUUUUAUAGAUGAGGAAACGAAGACUUAGACUAAAUAAUUUAUCCAGAUCAAAGCAAGUAAGAAGUGGUGCUAGACCUGGAGCUGAGAUACCCUGAUUCAUUUUCAGGAUUUUUGAGUCCAGUGUAAAGCUGUUGGAGCGAGGAGCAAAGGUAAAGAAUGAUGUAAUGCACUGGCUGCCCCAAAGCAUCUUUUGUUGUGGAAUGGUUAUUCCAGUCAUCUCUUUAUGAAUCAAAUGUGAGGGACUGCUUUGUGGAAGGAGUCCUUUGCAAGAGCACAUCAACGGGGAAAGAAAAAGGGACAUUCACUUGGAGGGCUCUUGCUGAAAAUGGGUUUAACUCUCCUUUUGCCAGUCACCACCAGCCUGACCUCAUACAUUUUUAGUACAAUGGAGUGGCUGAGCCUUUGAGUACACCACCAUUACAUCAUCGUGGCAAAUUAAAGAAGGAGGUGGGAAAAGAAGACUUAUUGUUGUCAUGGCCCAUGAGAUGAUUGGAACUCAAAUUGUUACUGAGAGGUUGGUGGCUCUGUUGGAAAGUGGAACAGAGAAAGUGCUGCUAAUUGAUAGCCGGCCAUUUGUGGAAUACAAUACAUCCCACAUUUUGGAAGCCAUUAAUAUCAACUGCUCCAAGCUUAUGAAGCGAAGGUUGCAACAAGACAAAGUGUUAAUUACAGAGCUCAUCCAGCAUUCGGCAAAACAUAAGGUUGAUAUCGAUUGCAGUCAGAAGGUUGUAGUUUAUGAUCAAAGCUCCCAAGAUGUUGCCUCUCUGUCUUCUGACUGUUUUCUCACUGUACUUCUGGGUAAACUGGAGAAGAGCUUCAACUCCGUUCACCUGCUUGCAGGCUCACAGAGUGGGGGAUACAGUGUGACGAUGCACGGUGAUCUUCAACACAGAUUCUGCCACAGGAAAAGGCAAGAGGGCUUUUACAAAUGUGAUCUAAGAAAACAGAACAUGAUAGAUGCUAUCAUUUUCACACCUGCAGUCUUUUAUUGCAAGGCAGGUGGGUUUGCGGAGUUCUCCCGUUGUUUCCCUGGCCUCUGUGAAGGAAAAUCUGCUCUAGUCCCUACCUGCAUUUCUCAGCCUUGCCUACCUGUUGCCAACAUUGGGCCAACCCGAAUUCUUCCCAAUCUUUAUCUUGGCUGCCAGCGAGAUGUCCUCAACAAGGAGCUGAUGCAACAGAAUGGGAUUGGUUAUGUGUUAAAUGCCAGCAAUACCUGUCCUAAGCCCGAUUUUAUCCCCGAAUCUCAUUUCCUGCGAGUGCCUGUGAAUGAUAGCUUUUGUGAGAAAAUUUUGCCGUGGUUGGACAAAUCCGUAGAUUUCAUUGAGAAAGCCAAGGCUUCCAACGGCCGUGUGCUGGUGCACUGCUUAGCGGGCAUCUCUCGCUCAGCCACCAUCGCCAUCGCCUACAUCAUGAAGAGGAUGGACAUGUCCUUAGAUGAAGCUUACAGAUUUGUGAAAGAAAAAAGACCUACCAUAUCUCCAAACUUCAAUUUUCUGGGCCAACUCCUAGACUAUGAGAAGAAGAUUAAGAACCAGACUGGCACAUCAGGGCCAAAGAGCAAACUCAAGCUGCUGCACCUGGAGAAGCCAAAUGACCCUGUCCCUGCGGUCUCCGAGGGUGGACAGAAGGGCGAGAUGUGCCUCGGUCCACCCUGUGCCAACUCUGCUACCUCAGAGGCGGCAGGCCAAAGGCCCAUGCAUGCUGCCAGCACACCCAGCACACAGCCCCCGCUGUUGGAGGACAGCUCUCUGGUCCAGGCGCUCAGUGGGCUCCACCUGCCCUCAGGCAAGCUGGAAGACAGCAGUAAGCUCAAGCGCUCCUUCUCUCUGGACAUCAAAUCUGUUUCAUACUCGGCCAGUGUGGCGGCGUCCUUGCAUGGCUUCUCCUCAUCAGAAGACGCUCUUGAAUACUACAAACCUUCCACGACUCUGGAGGGGACCAACAAGCUCUGUCAGUUCUCUCCCGUUGAGGAAGUAUCAGAGCAGACCCCAGAAACCAGCCCAGAUAAGGAGGAGGCCAACGUCCCCAAGAAGCCUCAGCCUGUCAGGCCCUCUGAUAGCCAGAGCAAGCGAUUACAUGCAGUGAGAACCAGCAGUGGCAGUGCCGGCCCACGGUCCCUCAUCUCCCCGCUGCACCGGAGUGGGAGCGUAGAGGACAACUGCCAUACCAACUUCCUUUUUGGCCUCUCCACCAGCCAGCAGCACCUCGCCAAGUCUGCCGCUGGGCUGGGCCUCAAGGGCUGGCAUUCGGAUAUCUUGGCUCCGCAGACCUCCACCCCUUCCCUGACCAAUAGCUGGUAUUUUGCCACAGAGUCCUCUCACUUCUACUCUGCCUCGGCCGUCUACGGAGGCAGUGCCAGUUACUCUGCCUACAGCUGUAGCCAGCUGCCCACCUGUAGUGACCAGGUCUACUCUGUGCGCAGGCGGCAGAAGCCAAGUGACAGAGCUGACUCGCGGCGGAGCUGGCAUGAAGAGAGCCCCUUUGAAAAGCAGUUUAAACGCCGAAGCUGCCAGAUGGAAUUUGGAGAGGGCAUCAUGUCGGAGAACAGGUCUCGGGAAGAACUGGGGAAGGUGGGCAGCCAGUCUAGCUUUUCAGGCAGCAUGGAAAUUAUUGAGGUCUCCUGAGAAGAGACACACUUGUGACUUCUGUUGACAAUGUUUUUCUUGUUCACAAAAAAAAAAAAAAAAAAAAAAAAUUCCCUGUAAAUCUGAAAUAUAUAUAUAUGUACAUACAUAUAUAUUUUUGGAGAAUGGAGCUAUGGUGUAAAAGCAAAAGAUGGAUCAACACAGUUCUCUCAACAUCUGUACUUGAGAGAUCAGCUAAUAUUUCUCUCAACAAAAGUGGAAGGGCAGAUUGCUAGAUAUCCUGCUAGACAGAUGAAAAAUUGUAUGUGGUGAAUUGCACAUCCUCUUGUUCUUACCGAACCUGGUUUUAUUUGGUGUUGGAGGACAAAAUGCCCCACAGUUUCCAUGUUGUGCUACAAGAGGUCUUGAGUGCUAGUCUGUCCAGCCCCUUCCGUGGUGCACCUUAGUGCUGAGACUGAGCCAGCUCGUGGGUUGGGCGGGGAGACCCCAUUAGACACACAGCCUCGUGGUAAACGCAAGGGAAAUGACCACACCCAAAACGGAUUCACACAUUCGAGCUCAGCUGGCCGCCGAGUGAUGCGGGCCCUAUUCUGCUGCGCGGACCGUCAGGGGCCUUGCCCAGGCCUACUUUAGAGCAAACCCAGUACCUCAGACCAAAAGUCGGGGCUUUUACCACUACCAAGUCUGGUAGCCUUUCUUCUAGGCGUCGUGAAUAGGUAGGUAGCUAGUCACACUUUUCAGACCAGUUCACACCGUCUCUGCACAAAUUCCCAGUUGGGCCUGGAUGGAGGUAGUUAAGUUUUUCUUCUUCUCAGCUUGAUGAAGAGGGCAAACCAUCUAGGAUUCAAUUCAACAGCCAGUGAUGUGUAGCAUAGGUCGGGAGGCUAACCAAGUCUACCUCCCUCCGCGUAAAUCAAAGAAUUGUUCAAAAUGGGGUGGUUAAUCCUUUAAAUAAAGAUUUACUUGGUUUAAGCCAGAUGUGAAUUUUUUCGGGUUGGUAGCAGAACAGCAGCACCAUCAAGUUCUCAGCCAAAGUCGAUUUUUCCCAUUUCAGUUUCUUUGCACAGAUACAUUUUGUAAAAACCUAACAGUUAGGUAGACUUUUAUAGGAAACUACCAAGAGGGAGAAAAACUCUGGAAAGAUUAAAGAAGUAAAAUUGCUAAGGAGAAAAGGAAACUCCUUUUUCUCCAUGGUUUUAUUCCCCUGAGCAUGUGAUGAAGGGGGGUGGGGGGGGGAGUUCUGUAAUUUCCUUAGACUUUCCAAUUUACUAACAGGGCUGAGAGGCUAGUUACAUGAGGAGUGUUCAGAAUAAAACAGUGGAGGAAGGUGAGGGGGGAAGGUGGUUAGGUUUUGUUUCGUUGUGAGCAGAGUGGGAAGCCACAACCAAGCUGUUCUCAGAAACACUCCUUGGCAUUUUUUUAGUAGAAGGGACACAGCAAAAUGGGGCGGGACCAAGGUGGUCUCUCGUUUCUGACCUACAAUCACUAUAUGGAAUCAAUCCUGGCAGCUGAAAAUAGGAAUUGAUUGGAACAAGUACACAAGUGAUUAGUACAUAUCUGCUUUGAAACUUCCUGGCUUGAGUCUUGUCAGCUACAGUAGGGUCCUCUUUUUAAAGCCUUAAUUCACGUCAGCAGCUUUUUUUUGAGGGGGGGGCGGGUAUUGUCAUUGUUCUUUACUGUAAGUGUAGCUAGUUGCUGACUCAUAUCUCAGGUUUUUCUGUGUUCAACAAAUGGAUAGUCCUUCGGCAAGGAUGCGACUUCAUGUUUCCCGUGAUGACUGCUGAAACCAGCACAGGAUGAGUGACGUGAUUCAGAAUGGAUUUGCUCAUGCUGAUUCCAAGCAUCGCGUAACAUAACUGGUUGUAUGUACACCAGUAACGUGCUGCGAUCCGGGUGUGAGGUGAAGGCAGGAAGAAAGUACACCGCUUAGGGAGCUCGGUGUUACUCUAUUGAAAAAGUGGUGUUAGAAUGAUCUGAGUUAGUUUUUCUACAUAAGUUUAAAUUUGGGAUGAACUCAGACUUUCGCCAAGUUUUCACAGUAAUUUUUUGAUGUGUUAUGCAGACAUCAGAUGUGAAGAGCUCACGUCUUCCAGGGGCUGGUCACAACAAUGUAAUAUUUUUAAGAAAUGAAAGCAAUAGCUCCAGAGUUAAGUAUGUCGCAGGAGGGUUGGGGGACAUCCAGUAUUCGGGAUUUCUCCCGGCCAUGGUUCCUUCCUUCCUGUGACUGUGAGGUAGUCCUGCAUGACCACUUGGUCUCUGAUUGCGAACGUCACAUCAUCAGUUCUUGGGAUCGAGACGGCUGUGGCUGGGUGGCAAGUGCUGGCACUGCUGGGGUGGGGCGGCUGGCUCCCUUCAGUUCCGAGUCCUAGGGGAAGCCCUGGAGUGUACCAGAAGGAUACAGAACGGUGAUUUCUAAAGAGCAAGACUAGAUUUCUAUGUGAGAAAUGCUGGACAACGAUUUAGGACAUUUGUAAAGUGAGGUGGACAGACUGUAUAAAUGUUUAAUAUGAAUAUAGCAUUCUUUUGGAGUAAGAUGCUAUUGAAUGGUUAAAUCGUGCAUUUCUCAUUUUGAUGUUCUUGUAUGUUAAUAUGAAAUAAAAUCAAAACUGGUACCUGUUUAUACAUAAA